AAAGAAAGAAAGAAAGAAGAAGAGGAGACUGUUGUGUUGUUGUACUGAUGAGCGAGGAGGACUAGAAAAAGAGUGUUGUUGUUUGCUCUCUCUCUCUCUCAUCACAUUCCCUCUUCCUUUAAAAAGUGACAGAGAGCCACAGAAGAAGAAGACAUUGUUGCCUCUGUUCGUUUUAAAAUGGUCGGUGAAGAACCGUGAUUUGCUCAAAUCAGGAUAUCAUUACUGAUUACUCUCUCUCUCUCUCUCUCUCUCUCCUUCAAUCUCCAUCUUCCCGUUAUCUCCGCCACGUGUUUCUCUCUUUUUGUCUCCUUCAAUUCUUCACAAAUCUUCUAAUCUCACAAACGAACAGUACUCCUAAUACUUCUUAACUGUAUACACACACACACCCUUCUUCGAUUUUCCCCUUUUGUUUUGCUAUGUGGGUCAUUGUUGCUUCUCUUACUCUUGGCUUAUGAGUUUUUUCGAAUCUGGAAAAAACUUUUAAAAAAAGCUCUGAUAGAAGAAACCAAUGUUACUGACACCUAAGAUGUUUAGUUCUUGGCUUCGUAAAGAUGUUAAGAAGAUUCUCAAACGCAAAGACAGUGAUGCUGGUGAAAAAGGAAAAGCAUUGGAGGACUUACGAGCUUCGUUAUUUAAUAGAUUCCGUUCACCGGAAACUCCAAAGAGACAGCAACAACAACAACAUCGUAUCUGUGGCCCUACCGUUGCUCUCUCUUUUAAUUUCGUUGUUGCUAUUAGCAUUAUCUUCAUCAACAAAUGGGUGCUUAAAAACAUAGGCUUUGAGUUUCCAGUGUUCCUCACAUUCAUUCACUACAUUGUAGCUUAUCUGUUAAUGGCUCUUCUCAAAUCCUUUUCCCUCCUCCCUGCUUCACCUCCUUCCACGAAAUCAUCUUCUCUUCCCCUCUAUACUCUUGGCAUUGUAAUGUCACUCUCUACAGGACUUGCUAAUGUUAGCCUUAAGUAUAACAGUGUUGGGUUCUACCAAAUGGCGAAAAUCGCUGUCACGCCUUCUAUUGUCUUUGCUGAGUUCUUAUGGUAUGGAAAGAGAGUUUCUUUCAUGAAGGUGGUUUCACUUACAGUUGUAUCUGUAGGAGUUGCGGUUGCGACUGUAACUGAUUUACAGUUUAGUCUGUUUGGUGCUUGUGUGGCAUUCGCAUGGAUCAUACCGAGCGCAACUAACAAAAUCUUGUGGUCCAAUAUGCAACAACGAGAAAACUGGACUGCUUUAGCGUUGAUGUGGAAAACAACACCAAUCACUCUGUUGUUUCUAGUGUCGAUGAUUCCGUUCUUGGAUCCGCCAGGCGCUCUAUCGUUCAAUUGGAGCUUAGCCAACACAUCCGCCAUUCUUAUUUCCGCUCUUCUCGGAUUCUUUCUUCAAUGGUCUGGAGCCUUAGCUCUCGGAGCAACUUCUGCAAUUACGCAUGUGGUGCUAGGGCAAUUCAAGACUUGUGUCCUCCUCCUUGGAAACUACUACAUUUUCGGGUCAAACAGUGGUUAUAUUAGCGUUUGCGGUGCGUUUGUGGCGAUUAUGGGGACUUCGUUAUAUACUUACCUUAACACAAGAGGUCAAUCUCUUAAAGCUUCGUCGUCUUCUUCUUCUUCAUCUUCUGCUCCUUCAGACAAGAAGUCAAGAUUCAGUGAUAUUAAGGAUGAUGACAAGAAUCUUGAACCUUACGGCUCCGAAGCAGUCUAGUCUUAGUCUAACUUUGUAGUAUAGUUUUGAUUUCCACAUUUACAUAGUUUUGAUUCUAAUUUUUAAACUUUUUUUUUGUUUGUGUUGAUUUUUCAAUUUUUUUCUAAUUUCAUCCCAGAAAAAAUAAACAACUUUUGUAUUGGCAGCAAGUCUUUUAAAUUCCAUUUUUUUUUGGUUUUCAUCUGUAUAUAUGUGCUGAAUAUAUUUUGAAAUUAAGUGAAA